AUUCAGAGAUUAUAUUACCCGUCGCUGGUUUAAUGUCCUCCAAAUACUGCCGAGCAAUCGGAGGAAUUCGUAGAGCACAACUAUCAUAUCUCAAAAUCAAAACCCCUUUCUCUUGUACUUUCCCAUCUCCCACUCCGCUGCCGCCAGACAGCACGCAUUUAGACCACAACACACCAUUUCAAACAACAUUCGGCCUGUCCAAAACCCACUCAACAAAAUGUCCAUGUCCAUCGAAGACUGCGCAACCGUCCGGGAGGGCUUUCCCCGGCCCUUCCCAGACACCCCGACCAACGUGAUGGAGCAGUUCAAGCUCACCGGCAAGGUCGCGGCCGUGACCGGCGCGGCUGAGGGAAUCGGCGGGGCGGUGGCCGACGCGUACGCAGAGGCCGGUGCCGCCGGCGUCGCGCUCCUGUACAACAGCAACAAGACUGCCGCCGAGGCGCGGGCGGCGGCGCUGGCGAAAGAGCAUGGCGUCAAGACGGCGGCCUACCAGGUUGAUGUAUCUGAUGCUGAGGCGGUACGGUCGACAAUCGCCCAGGUGGCAAAGGACUUUGGGAGGAUAGACAUAUUUGUCGCCAAUGCUGGCAUGUCCAUUUCAAAGCCGAUACUAGAGCAGACUCUGGACGAGUACAAGAAGCAGCUCUCUGUCAAUGUCGACGGCGUCGUCUACUGCGCCAAGUACGCCGGCGAGGUCUUCAAGCGCCAAGGCUCCGGGAACCUCAUCAUCACCGCCAGCAUCAGCGGGCACAUUGUCAACGUCCCCGUCGACCAGCCCGUGUACAACGGCACCAAGGCAUUCGUCACGCAGUUUGGCAAGUCGCUCGCCCGCGAGUGGCGCGACUUUGCGCGCGUCAACAUUGUGUCGCCGGGCUUCUUUGACACCAAGAUGGGCGCGGGGCCGGCGGCGCUGAACGAGGCGUACCGCCUCGCGGUGCUGGGCAGGCAGGGCCACGUCAAGGAGAUCAAGGGCCUGUUUUUGUACCUUUCGAGUGAUGCGUCGACCUAUACUACGGGCAGCGACAUCUUGAUUGAUGGCGGAUAUGUUUUGACGUAG